AAGCUGCAUGAGGACUUGUUGUGAAUGAGUUCUCUUCAAUAUUUAUUUUCAAAAUUUAUAUUGUGUGUUUCCACCAAAUAUGUAAAUUAGUGAUUGGAAAAUGAUAACUUUUAGUUCUGCAAAUGCUUCUUCGGCGCUGGAGGAAAGUGGAGACGUAAAAAGUAUUUGCGAAAGUGUGUGCAGCGAUGGAUCUAAUGCUACGGUGCAGGCCGGGUCUUCGAACCAGAGGCCACGGAUGGACAUCGCCUGCGUCCUGGACGUGAACCAAACACAGAAUCUUGCUCACAGAAAAAGAGCAUUAGAAGAAGUGCGCUUAGCCGCUGAACUCGUUAAUGCUAAUUUAUAUCAUAUCCAUUUUGAGAAGUUAGACUUUGGUGAAACAAGCGUGUUGGACACAUUCUACAAUGCAGACGUCGCCCUCGUGGACCUCAGCGUUCAGCUUCAGCAGAGAUCCCUGCUGUACCACCUCGGAGUGCGGGAGAGCUUUGACAUGAAGGAGAAUGUGCUGCUUUAUAAUGAUGUAGAUCCAGACGCCACUUUGAGACUAAAGAUAUCUCUACCGAAUUUCCUCUUCGUGUCAUACAAACUGACAGACUUGGGGACGUGUGUGACGACGAAUCCGGCCGCAGCUAAAUUCAAGGGGGAGGAGUCCUCGGAUCCUAAACAACAUCUAACACUGCGACUGAAGAACAUCCUACAGGAUGUCGAAGUGCAGACAAAAGCCCACCUCCAAGAGAAGUUCCUGUCGGAUCUCCGCAAAGCGCGCGAAACGUACACGGGGGCGGAGCUUGCGAGCGUACUGCACGCAAUGCGGCGCCGCCUCGACGAUCCAGCCGUAUUAUCCGGCGACACGAUAUUGAACUUGCUGAUAUCGUACCGAGAGAUUCAGGACUACGACGCAAUAGUCCAAGUCGUUGAUGAUUUGAAGACUAUAAUGAACAGGAAGAACUAUAUCAAUAUGCCGAUUAUUAGGUUCAUGUACGCGUUCGCUAUGAACAGGAGGAACAAGGAGGGCGACAGGGAUAACGCACUGCGGGUCUGCGUCAAGGCGCUAGAGAAGAAAGAGAACAGAUUUCCAGACAUGCUGUGUCUAUGCGGUCGGAUAUACAAAGACAAAUUCGUAGAAUCUCAACACUCUGAUUUAGAGAGCUUAACUAAUGCUAUACACUGGUACAGACAAGGCUUCGAAGUACAACCAAAUGAAUAUGCGGGUAUUAAUCUGGCAACACUGUUAGUUAUUGCUGGCAAUGACUUCAAAGAUUCACAAGAACUGCAACACAUAGGUAUAGUUCUAAAUCAUCUAAUAGGCAAAAAGGGCAGCUUGUCGUCUCUCAAAGACUACUGGGAUGUGGCGACAUUCUUCGAGAUUUCAGUGCUAGCUCAAGAUUAUGUCAAGGCGAUACAAGCGGCCGAGUGUAUGUUCAAGUUGAAACCGCCGAAUUGGUACCUCAAGUCUACGAUUGGGAACAUCGAAUUGAUUGAUAGAUUUCGAAAGAAAAGCGAGGAAACAUCCCCCGAACAACAGGUGUUUUCAUUUUGGAUGGAAUUCUUUGUCGAAGCGACCAAGAGCACCUGUGAAAAUAUUAUACGCUUUCCUGUAGUAAUAUUAGAAACGACGAAAGUGUACGUGCCGUCGUAUUUAAACGUGAACAUGGGCGCGGAACAGAAGUCCAUAGAGAUAUUCAACCUUUGCCUGGACUCGAUGCGCGGGGAAUGUCGGCAGGUGCACCGAUGGUUGUUCACCUCUGACAUGAUACGGACUUACAGUUUAUACAAGCGCGACGAGCGAUGCCUGUUUUUAUACGUGAGCGAGAACUCGGAUGACUUCCAAAUUUUUCUUCCCUCGGCCGCGUUCCGUCAACACCUGUAUGACUUGCUGGGAGAGUUGACAGCCGAUCACGAGAAGGUCGCUGACCUCGAUACCAGUGUUAUGCAGGAUCAACUCAAGUUCGAGUACGAGUUAGACGACUGCAAUAAGCGCGUUGUGCUCGGUAAGGGCACGUACGGCGUUGUGUACGCGGCGCGCGACCUCAACACGCAAGUACGGAUCGCGGUCAAGGAGAUACCGGAGCGGAACCUCGGCGACGUCCAGCCGCUGCACGAGGAGAUAUUGCUCCACUCGCAGCUGCGGCACAGGAAUAUUGUGCAGUAUUUGGGCUCAAUAUCCGAAGAUAACUACUUCAAAAUUUUCAUGGAGCAAGUUCCGGGAGGUUCCCUAUCCGCUCUGCUCAGAUCUAAAUGGGGACCUCUAAAGGAAAACGAAGCAACCAUAUCGUAUUACACAAAACAAAUAUUAGAAGGUUUGAAAUACCUUCACGAUCAGAAAAUAGUUCAUCGGGACAUCAAAGGCGACAACGUGCUAGUGAACACGUACAGCGGUGUUGUCAAAAUAUCCGACUUCGGUACGUCCAAGCGUCUGGCGGGCUUGUGUCCGUCUACGGAGACGUUUGCGGGCACGUUACAGUACAUGGCUCCGGAGGUUAUAGACAAAGGGCAGAGAGGAUAUGGGGCGCCUGCUGACAUUUGGUCGUUAGGUUGUACUGUGGUAGAAAUGGCUACAGGAAAUCCACCAUUCAUGGAACUGGGAUCACCGCAAGCUGCUCUAUUCAAGGUUGGCUACUACAAAAUGCACCCUGAGCUGCCAAGUGAACUAUCUAUUAAAGCAAAGAAUUUCAUACUACGAUGCUUUAUUCCCGAUCCUGAGAAACGAGCCACGGCUGCAGAAUUAUUAGAAGAUCCAUUCUUAUGCGAAAAAAAGAAGUCCACUACUCGUCUUGCUAACAGUCUGGACUAUAGCCGAAGUAUAUCCGUUCCGGCCGAUAAAGCCAGACCGCCUCUAGCUCAGAAGAAAAUCUCAGAGCCAAGUCUACCUGGCAACUUACCUAGCUCGCCUGAAAUUGAGGUUAAAACGGUCCGGUCUAACCCGACAAUCACUAGGACGGCCUCCUCGAUGCUAUCGCCGAUAUUGAUAUACCCACCGGAACUGUCCAACAGCAGUACAAUGCCGAAUACACCGUCUACAGAUGACAUGGAAAAUUCUGAUACGAUACUAAAUAGGAGAAGCUCUUCCGGCGGUUUGCUUUCUCCUGAGGUCGAUAUGAUCAACGUACCACGAUCGUCGAUAGAUAUAGAGCACGACGGUUUCUAUUUGCUGAAGAAAGAUUCACAACGACGUCUCACUCUCUCUCGAGUAUUAGAGCAGGACAGCGAGAAGAUUUGCUCAAAAUGGAUGCUGAGUAUACAACAAGACUUCGGCAAUACCGUCUUGACUAUGAAUCACCUAGAAACUCUCCGAUGUGCGUUGAAAGACUACAUCAUGGAUCCAAAUCGCAGCGUCAUAGAGCGAGCUAUAACGUCAUUAAAGGAAGAACUAGACUUUGAUUCGAUCGCGAUAAACGAACUGCACUCAGCGAUAUACAUGUUUCAAGAGGCUGUAAAUGUAGUUCUGAGGAUGCACAGCAUAAAACCUCAUUGGAUGUUCGCGUUGGACAACUUAGUUCGGAACGCCGUACAAGCGGCCAUCACAGUAUUAUCUCCCGAGUUGGGUGCGAAUCUGGCGGGCGAAGCGCCAGAGCGUCGCGCAGCGGAUCCGUCCCCGUCCGCGCUGUCCACCGCCACCUCGCGGGACCGCGACCAGCUGCAGAUGCACUCGCUGCGACAGGAUAAUCACAAGCUUCAACAGGAACUAAUCGAGAGCUACCAUCAAUAUCAGUCGCUGUUGAAGUUGAUGCUGGAAGAACAAAGGAUACAGACACAAUUGUUGAAAGAUAUCAUUUCGGAAAAGAGACCACGGUCUCGAUCAGUGGAUUCAGAUGAUGACGGCGAAGAGGACGUCGCGUUAACGUCGUGGGUGGCGGCGCGCGGGCUCCCGCCGUCUGUGGGCCGCACGCUCGCAGCGCAGCGGUAUACGCUCACAGAUCUACUCGCGCACGCGCAGAGAGAUGACAUCACGCGGCUGCAAUUCAAAGGCGGUAUAGAGCUUCGCUUGUGGCGCGCAAUAGUAGAGCAUCGAAUGCAGACCAAUGAGAACCAUCUUCGUCGGGCUAGUAGCACAGAGACCGACAUGGAUACAAACUCCAUGGUGGUGGUGGAAUGUCAGAAGUGCAAGUCCCGUACCACUUCCCAGCCGACUAUAGUCAUAAGAGAUGAGGCGCAGGGCGAGCUGGUAUCGAACGGGGAUUGUACUGACAGCGAGGUCAACCUCUGACUAUUGCGCGGGUGGUGCACUCUACAAUGAUAUAAGAUAUAUAGCUGCUAUUCCGAUAAACUGAUACAUUAGAAGUGUGACUUUCUGGAUCGAAUCAAAAUGCAUUGUUCGUCAAAACGCAGUCUUCGUGUUAUUCUUUUAAACAUGGUGUAAAAUGUUCUUGAAGGUUCGAUUUGGAAUAGCAGCAUAUAAAUAACGGUCUACAUACUUAAUACAAUCUAAAGCUGUACAAAGCCUAAACUUAACAAUAAUUUGCAAUAGAAUAUAUCAUUGGCUUUCUAAUUUACUGUAGAAUUGGAUUUCUAAAUAAACAAUUAUUAAGUUCUAAUUAAAAUAACCACAUUAAUGUUUGAAGCAGCUUGUCGCUAUACAUAAACACUUAAAGUUGUGUGCCGCCCUAAUAUGUUUGUAUAUAUUAAUUGUAUGCUUCAGUCGUAGACUAGAAUGAAAAGGUCAUGGAUCUAUAU